AUGGUUGUGAUAGGUAAUAAACUUCUUCCGCCUUCUGGCUCCGUCGUCAAAAUCAUUUUCCUUAAACUGAAAGAGAGUAUCCCCGACGAGGCGAAAUCGGAGAUUCUGGAUUUGAUCAAAGGGCUUGACGAAAAAUUUCCAGGGAUUGGUCAGAUCACUGUUGGGGAAAACUUCUCGCCGGCCCAAGCAAAAGGUUUCUCGAUUGCGUUGAUUGCGUUUUUCAAGGAUCUAGCUGAAUUGGAAUCUGUGGAUUCUCAUACGAAGUUGGUGAAUUCGCAGAAAGAAAAGGUUCGUGAUUGUCUCGAUUCCACCAUUGUUGUUGAGUUCUUGGUGCCUUCUGGCUAG